GGGCGACCCUGCAGGAUGGUGGCGGCGGCCGCGGCGGCGUCGGUGCCGGCGGCGGAGGCUGAGCCAGGCGGCGGGUAGAAAAUGGCGGAUUUCGAGGAGCUGAGGAAUAUGGUAUCGAGUUUUCGGGUGUCUGAACUGCAAGUGUUGCUGGGUUUUGCUGGACGUAAUAAAAGUGGGCGCAAACAUGACCUCCUAAUGAGGGCUCUGCACUUGCUGAAGAGCGGCUGUAGCCCAGCAGUUCAGAUCAAGAUCCGGGAACUCUACAGGCGCCGCUAUCCCAGGACAAUUGAAGGCCUUUCUGACUUGACUGCUCUAAAAUCUUCAGUUUUCAACCUGGACAGUAGCUCUUCUCCGGCGGAACCUGACUUAGCCGUGCCCGGAUUGCAUCCUGCACCUUCAACUUCGGUCGCUCCCCAAUCACCUUCCUCUCCUCUUGGUUCAGUGUUACUUCAGGACACCAAGCCUCGUUUUGAGAUGCAGCAGCCGUCCCCUUCGGUUCCUCCAGUGCAUCCUGAUGUUCAGUUGAAGAAUCUCCCUUUUUAUGAUGUGCUUGACGUUCUCAUAAAACCUACCAGCUUAGCUGGGGAAAAUGAGACUGACAAUCCCCUGCCGUGCCGGCACAUGUACUCACCUGCAGUGCUUUGACGCCGCUCUCUAUCUUCAAAUGAAUGAGAAGAAGCCGACCUGGAUCUGUCCUGUGUGCGACAAGAAAGCGACAUAUGAAAAUCUCAUCCUGGAUGGG